GAGCCACCGCGGCGCCAGGAUUCCCGGUUGCCCAGCCCAACGGGCUGCGCCAGAAGCGUUGCAGACAUACAAAUGGAUGUUCCUAAUGCAGGAAGACAUCUACCAGAUGGGAAUCCCCCCCAUUGCCCAAUAGCAGCAGGACAAAUUGGAUAUCCCACGACCCAGGCUAAAUACCAUGGACUCCAGACUGCUUACUCUGGGCACCAGGAUUCUAAUUCAGGACCCCAGGGUGGCUGGAUAGGCACACCACCUGGCUGUACAGAUUUUAACCAAGCCAACCUCCCUUUUCAAAGUCAGUCAGGCAAUACUCAGACAGUUGGACUUAGCAGCACCCCAUGGAUGCCAGCACCACCUCCUCUACCGAAUUGUCCACCCGGGCUGGAAUACUUAACUCAGAUAGAUCAGGUUCUGGUUGAUCAGCAAGUUGAACUUCUAGAAGUCUUAACAGGCUUUGAAACAAAUAACAAGUAUGAAAUUAAGAACAGCCUUGGGCAGCGGAUUUACUUUGCUGUGGAAGAUACUGAUUGCUGCACCCGCAACUGCUGUGGACCACUCAGACCCUUCACCUUGAGGAUUCUUGAUAAUCUGGGCCAAGAAGUCAUGACUCUUGAGAGGCCACUGAGAUGUGGCAGUUGCUGCUUCCCCUGCUGCCUCCAGGAGAUAGAAAUCCAAGCUCCCCCUGGUGUGCCAGUGGGUUAUGUGACACAGACCUGGCACCCUUGUCUACCAAAGUUCACUCUUCAAAAUGAGAAGAGGGAGGAUGUUCUUAAGGUUGGUGGUCCAUGUGUUGUGUGCAGCUGCUGUUCUGAUGUUGAUUUUCAGAUCAAAUCUCUCAAUGAAGAAACUAUAAUCGGUAAAAUUUCCAAGCACUGGUCUGGAUGUGUGAGAGAGACGUUCACAGAUGCCGAUAACUUUGGGAUUCAGUUUCCACUAGACCUUGAUGUAAAAAUGAAAGCUGUGAUGCUUGGUGCCUGUUUCCUUAUUGAAUACAUGUUUUUUGAAGACUGUAAUUAGAAGCAAAACUCAGAAUUGUGGUGGAGGACUAAUGGAAGUAUGCCAAGAAUGUUUGAAAUCUAUAUAUUGGUUGAGAUUAUAUAACUCAAUGGUUUCACUUUUCUUUAUUGAAACAUAUACACACACGUUCACACAUGCGUGCACACACACACAAAUUAAAUUUAUGUCAUAUCUGUAGCAGCAGUGGUAAAAUUGGCUUUUCAAAUUAUAGAGUUAUAUAUACCUGACAUAGAUAUGUAUAUGUAUGUGUGUGUGUAUGUGUAUAUAUAUAUAUAUAUGGAGAGAGAAAGAACUAACUUUAUACCUUGUUCAAAUAUUCAUUAUAAACUGGGGCAAAAAUCACAGAUAUGUACAAAUAAAACUUUCUACAAAUUUUAUUAAUGUUAAUUUUAUGAUGAAAUUACAUACUUUUAUAUCAAAUCUAUGUUUAGUUUAUAUCAUACAUGCAUAUUGAUGCUAUUUUUCAAAUAGCAAACAUUUAAAAAUCUUUCCUUGAGAUGCCAUCUUACUUCACUUAGGAUAGCAGUCAUCAAAGAAAAAUCAAAUAACAAAAAAUGUUGGCAUGGCUUUGUGGAAAGAGGAACUUUCAUUCAUUGCUGGUGGGAAUGCAAAUGUACAACCACUAUGGAAAUCAGUAUGGAGACUCCUGAAAAAGAUGAAAUUCACUUACCAUCUGACCCAGCUAUUCUACUCCUCAGGAGAAAGGAUAGUCUUGGAAAAUAUCCUAAGUGAGAUCACACAAACUAAGAAAUACAAAAAAAAAAAAAAAUGUUUUCUUUCAUAUGUGUCUCCUAACUUGGACUAGAGGAAGAGAGGUCUAAAAGGGAGUAAGCCUUAGAUCUAUGUUGAUGUAACUAGAAUCAAACCAGAAAAAAGAGAAACCAUGGAAGGAGGAGAAGAGAGAUUUUCAGACAAACCAGUACAGGGAAAGAAUAUUAGGGUGGGAGUUUCAGGGAAAGGGAUGAUGGGGAGGGGAACUACACAAAACCAAAGGAUAAAGCACUCAGCACAACAGGAACCUUUCUCCUGGAAAUCAGUGUAUGAGAUAGAACCCCCUAUGGUGGAUAGACCAAACCAUAAUGCCAAUCAACGAUGGAAAAAGCUUAAGUCUUAAACCAUGGGCUCCUGCAUGUGGAUCCCAGAGUCAGAUCUGGGUUAAACCCCUGACCAUAGGGUGCUGACUUGAUUCCCAGUACCAUAUGAGUUCUGUCACACUUAACAGGACUCAUGUGCAAUAGGAAAGCCAUUGGUUAUUCACAAAGCCUAUGAGUCACUAUUGCAAGCAGUUGGCCAGGGUGAUCUGUGUGAUUCCCCAAAAAUGCAGGCCUUUGCCAAAUACUUGGUCACUAGACAGAGCUAAAAGGUAAGACCAUAUUGCUCAAGACACUACAGGCUGCCAUCUCAAAACACCGAGAGACAACGUGGGUAGGAACUGAGAGGAAAGCCAGUCCUUGCCUGGAAAAUUCUCAUGCUGGAAAGUGCUGUGGAAGAUACUUUAAGGCAAUGGUCACCAACAGCAUGAAUAAGCAGGGGAACCUGCAAGCCACACAAUCUACCAGCUUGACAAGGUGUACACAUUAGUGCAAUCAUGGCACACAGGCUUUGUGAAUAACCAAGUGCUUUUGUAUUGGAGAUAAGUCCUGUUAAGUGUGACAGAACUCAUAACUGGUACUGGGAGUCAAGUCAGCACCCUAUGGUCAGGAAAAUCACAUUACCCAGAAAGAAAUCCCCAGUGUUCCCUGUACAAGUCAAGUGUGUAGCCACUUUACAAGCUCCUAGGCUUAUCCCCUUCAAUGGAAGCUGCUCUCAGCCUUGGUCAGAGAAUCUAUUUUAUCUUACAGAUGAAAAAGAAUACAAGUGAGAUCCAAGAUCCAUCAAUACAACAAAAGACAGCCAAAUGUUUACAAGGAGAUGUUUCACCACUGCCACAUCUGCUAGGGUCCUAAAGAAAUUGCAGAGGAAGAAACAACAUGAAUAUUGCUUCCAAUACUAUCCCAACAUCUACUUCCAAGAAAAUAGUAACAAAUACUGUGGUGAACCAAAACAAAGCACAGAAAUACAGAGGCUACAGAGUAGCCAACAACAACCAAUAACAUUUCCCAAGGAUCAGGUCCUAUUGCAGAAGGGGGGCAGAUAGAUUGUAAGGGCCACAGGUACCCACCUGAGGCACAGCUCCCCCUAAAGAGAGAGGUCAAAAUUACCCCACAGUGAAGACCAAUGACUACUGAGAAGGGCCCUCAGGGAAAUGGAGAUCAGGGGAGGGGACAUACUAUAACCCAUGUUAAAAUAUUAAUUACAUUAUAAAAAAGACUAAAAAGUUCUUGCUUCAUUUGCUUGACUUGCAAGAAUGAGAACCUGAGUUUGACCCUCGGAACCCUCAUGGUGACACACACACAGGGAGGCAGCUGGAUCCCAGGACUUGCUAGAUGGCCAAUCUAGCAUAAUUCAGGGCAUUCUUGGCUGAGGAAUGACACCCAAAGUUGUCCUUCAGCUACUAUUGGUAUGCACACAAACAUUUCAUACACAUAUACACAUGCACAAACACAUACAUAUGCACAUACACAGAUAAAUGUACAUACACAUAAACACAUCCACAAAUAUAUAAACAUACACAUAAGUAUAUGUAUAAGCAUGCACAAACGUACAUGCAUAUGCACAGCCAAAUAUGCCCAUGCACAAACAUGAACAUACAUAUAUACACACACAUAUGCACAUGCUUAGACAAACAUGGAUAUACAUAUAAACACAUGCACAAACAAAUGUACAUAGACAUGCACAUUCACAGACACAAAAGGAAGAGUAACUGUUUUUCUCCCUCUUUAGGAAAUCACACUAAUUUGAUGCUAUAAUUGAAAUAUCUACCAUAAAUUUUCAUACUGACAAGAAAAUAAAUUAUGAAUUUCAAGUGGAUUUCAGUAUACAUAAGUAUGAUUAUCUACCAGGAAACACUCAUGUUAAACUCAUGCUGUUUAACACUUUACUACUGGUAUAAUAUUUGAUGUUAAUUUCACAUGAAAUGUUUAGCUCCUGCACUGUACUGUUUGUAGAACAUGAUCAUUAUGUGAUUACUCAGGUAUUAAUUAAGUGGAAUAAAUAUCCUAAAAGAUUUAGCAAUGGUCAGUUUAAUUAUAACAAGAAUCAGAUAUCUAAAAAUAUGAUGGAUUUAUAUUUGAGCAUUUGACUCUUAUUUUUUAACAAAAUGUUAAGCUAAGAUGGUACUCUGGGCCAUCAUUUAAUAAAAGGAGACCACAUU